AGACUGGACCAGGCUGAGAGAAAGCAGAAUCAGAAUGAAGCAGUUACUUGUGUUUAUCUUCCUCCUGGUCCUCAUGACCGCUUUUACAGACACUUCUCCAAUUUUGACUGAGAAAGAAGCCAAACAGAUUCUGAGAACUCGUCGUGAAGACAGACAAAGAAAAGCUGGUUUCCCCGAUGAGCCAAUGAGGGAGCACAUGCUUUACCUCCAGCGCUUGGAGCAGAGAUCGGAAGAGCAAUUCCUGGAGCACUGGUUGAAUCCACACUGCUUGCCACACUGCAACCGGGAUUUAGUCCAUCCAAUCUAAUGGUCUUGCCUACCCUGUGGUUGAUCUCUUCAUGGGCAUGUAAGAAGAUACAUACGGUGAUUGUGCUAAGGACAAGAUUAUUACUGCAUGGGCUAUAUGCUCAUUGUAGAGCUGAAUCUCUUUGCAAUAAUUAUAAUCCUAAUGUUAUGACAAAACUUCCAAACAUAAGUAGCUAGACAUAUUAUAGACCAACAUACAUUUUCCACCUGUCAAGAAAAUAGCGAUUGCAUGCAUGAAUAAAUAAAUGAUGUCUUUCCUCCAAGUUCUGAGCUACAGGCAAGAAUAAAUCAGUAAUGAGUCUAGAGGAUGCUUUCCAAGUGGACAGCUUUAGACUGUCUGAAGUAAAUGGAACUUAAAUGGACUUUGGAGGAAACGUUAAUCAUAGCUUUGUAGCUUAAAUAACAUCAUAUGAAGACACAACAUUUAGCAAUGCUGAUCUAUGUUCAAUCGCUUGAUGAGUAUUUCAUGUAUUGUUUCAUAAUAAAUGCUUAAUUCAAAUCCA